GAGUCCAUCGAAGAUCUGGAGGAGAGACUGUGUGCGUUGCAACACACCACAAAGGCCGAGACACCAAACACAACCACAGCCACCACAACCACCCCGCCACACAGCACACAAGCAACCACACGGACAUGUUUAGACCUUGACGAUGACAUUGACGAUGACGACGAGUAUACAAACAGGAGACCAGAUGUAGAUAACGAUGAAGAUGAAGAGAUGGCACCAGGACUCUCGCUAGCCUGGGCGGCUGUGGUACGGCCAAAUGUCUUGGCUUCAAUCGUGUUCCCGCGCUCUCGCUCAGUGGGACCUAAGGUGUCCUUCCAUGGGUCUACUCUGGUCUAG